GCACUGAUGUAGUACGAAGAUGGCAACCAAGUGAUCCGUUUUCACCAAAUGGAUAUGUCUUAGCUUUCGAAACACUUGCAAAACUUGGUGAUUCAGUAACUGAAAAUUACAAGGUUAUUAGAAAAUUUCAACCUUUUUCAUUAUUACAACGAAAGAUGAGUUUUAAUUUGUAUGCCACAAAAAAAGUGAACGCAAAAUAUUGUCAUGAUGAUGGGGUUACAUUGCUUCGCGCAUGUGUUAUUGAAUUGCCGGAAAAUGAAAAUCUUGAUGAUGUAACAAUAGUAUUUACUUUAACCUUUGGCGCCGUUGAAAUUAUAGCUACAGCCGUUAAUCAAAAUACUGGUGAAAAAACCUUUGAAGGUGAUGAUUUGGACUCAGAAAGUGUAUUUGCCGAAGAUUUAUAG